AACAUUCAACUGUUUGUCUUCACAGAAAGUCAGCGAGAAGGUCGGAGGAGCGGAAGGAACCAAACUCGAUGACGACUUCAAAGAAAUGGAAAAGAAGGUGGACAUCACCAGCAGAGCGGUUCUGGACAUCAUGACCAAAACCACUGAGUACCUUCAGCCCAACCCGGCGUCCAGAGCCAAGCUGAGUAUGAUCAACACCAUGUCCAAGAUCCGCGGGCAGGAGAAGGGACCCGGUUACCCGCAGGCCGAAACCAUCCUGGGCGACGCCAUGUUCAAGUUCGGACGAGAGUUAGGAGAAGAGUCGUGCUUUGGACUGGCGCUGAUGGAUGCUGGCGAGGCCAUGAAGGAGCUCGGGGAGGUGAAAGAUGCUCUGGACAUGGAGGUCAAACAGAACUUCAUCGAUCCUCUGCAGAACCUCCACGAUAAAGACGUGAAGGAGAUCCAGCAUCAUUUGAAGAAGAUGGAAGGCCGCCGCUUGGACUUCGACUACAAGAAGAAGCGGCAGGGGAAGGUCCAGGACGACGAGAUCAAACAGGCGCUGGAGAAGUUCGACGAGAGCAAAGAGAUCGCAGAGCAGAGCAUGUUCAACCUGCUGGAGAGCGACGUAAGAACC